GCCAUCAGCUACGUCUUCGACAACUAACCUGUCGCUUUUGAGACUGCCUUCUUUCUGCUAGCCAAUGCUCUGCUAUUCCAUCAUUGUCUUCGAGUUCAUGUCAAGUCACUUCUGUCAUUCGCUAUGGCGUCUCGGAGCAUCUUGUCAAGGGUUUGGAGGGUUAGACAACAGCCAUCUCGCCAGCAGAUAAGACGACUUACCUUAGGUGGUCACCAAGCGCACGAGAUUCUGAAAGAGUUUGGAAUCCCGGUGUCCAGGGGAAAAGUCGCCCAAGCAUUGACUAAAACUAGAACAAUUACAGAAGAAUUCGACGGAAGCCGCAUUACCAAGCCUCAGACUUUGAAGAGCAGCAGAUGUUCAACUACCGACAAAGAGGGCUCUGAAGGCAGUAUUGGAAGAAUCGAUGCUGUCAACACAGCCGGAGACAUCGCCAAAAACCUACUUGGGCACCAAUUGAAGGCAGGUAGAAGAUCUAGACGCGAUAACACAGACAACAAGUUCUUCGUCACGGAGUUGAUCGAGCACGAAGCUAAAUGGUAUCUGGCCAUCACGUUUGAUCGCGAAAACUACUGCCCAUCGAUCAUUGCUUCGAAGCGAGGGGGGUUCGACAUCGAUACCACGGUGAAGCAACACUCGAAGCAUCUGAACACUUUCAAGCUUGGCUACACCGAAGGAAUCACAUCAGAGGUCAUUCAGAGUGUCUCGCGAUGCCUCGGGGCAUCUGAAGAGGAGGCUAAGAAUCUACACAACCUACUGCGUCGGCUGUACGAGUUCUUCACAACCAAAGACGCCACCCUGGUCGAAAUCAACUCACUCGCAAAGUCGUUCGACGGGACGCUCACCUGUCGGGACGCCAGGCUCAUGUUCGACGACGCUGCUGGCAAGCGGCAGAAGGACAUCUUUUCGAUGCGCGAUACGGAGCACGAGGUGCCCGACGAGGUGGAAGCGGAGAAGUACGGGCUGGUGUACGUCCGGAUGGACGGCGACAUCGGCAACGUGGUGAACGGCGCCGGGCUCGCGAUGGCGACCAACGACGCCAUCGCGCUCCACGGGGGCGCCAACGCAAACUUCCUCGACGCGGGCGGGCAGGCGACGACGGAGACCAUGGUGAAGGCGUUUGAGAUCAUCCUGCGGGACGAGAGGGUAAAGGCGAUCCUUGUCAACAUAUACGGCGGGAUCACCAGAGGCGACAUGAUAGCGGAGUCCAUCCUCGGGGCAGCGAAGCAGCUGGGCCCGCUGAGGGUGCCCAUGGUGGUCCGGCUCCAAGGCACCAAUUCCGAACUGGGACUGAGAAUUCUGGAAAAGGCCAACCUCGGGCUGCAUACGGAAGCCGACUUUGGAAAAGCGGCGGAGAGGGCGGUGGAACUGGCCAAAUGGCGCCAGUAACGACAACUUUUGCAAGACGGAGCUCCGCAGAGAGUUGUUGAGGAAGUCAGCAGUCGAGAGUCCAGAGCUGGAUACGUCAUGUGGAGAUUGCUCUGUUCUCAGCACUCCUGGGCCUCAAGCUGGUUCUGAGUUCAUCAGUCCACCUUGGUUGUGGAGAGUAGUGGGAAGUUGAUGGUGGCGAGUGUUUGCCCUGGAUUCAUUGGCGAUAGGCUGGUUCCCUUUCGUUUCUUCAGUCACUCUCUGUCGAAGGGAGCUCUAGCCUCUCAUGUUGAGUCCUCUAAUAGGCUGAUGUUCUCACAAAGGUACUCUCUUCUGUUCCAUCAUCAGGCUAGCCUAUCCACCUGGAUGUGGCUAGUGAUACUGUAUCAUUCCUAGAAGAGACACAAGCCUGCUGCCGCCCCUGCAUCGAACUAUAGUUUCAUGAGAGACACAUCCUGUGCAACUUCGGGGAGGCAAG